GCGAGCAACAGGGACAAGGGUAUUUCCAGCAGCAGCAGCAGCAGUCAGGUUACUACGAUCAGCAAAGCGGCAGCAGGAAGAUUGACGUUCCCAAUUCAAAGGUGGGGUUGGUGAUCGGCAAGGCGGGUGAGACGAUCAAGUACCUGCAGGCGCAGUCGGGCGCGAAGAUCCAGGUCACGCGCGACGCGGACGCGGACCCGCGCUCCGCGUUUCGCUCCGUGGAGCUCAUGGGGACCCCGGAGCAGAUGGCGCAGGCGGAGGUGCUCAUCCGCCAGGUGCUGGACGAGCACCAGGCAGCGGGCGGCGGCAGGGCAUUCGCUGGCAGCAGCGAGUCCGUGUCGAUCCAGAUCCCCAACGGCCGGGUGGGGCUCAUCAUUGGUCGGGGGGGCGAGACCAUCAAGAACCUCCAGAAUCGCUCAGGCGCUCGCAUUCAGAUUCAGAGCGACAGGGAGGUGCAGCCGGGGAGCAUGGAGCGCACGGUGAUGCUGAUGGGCACCAAGCAGCAGACGGACGUGGCACAGGAGCUCAUUCGCGAGGUGCUCGACGAGGUAUGUUCAGUUCACACGCACGCAGUUGGGCGCAGUGGGGUGCUGAUGGGCGCCGUGGGGAGUAGAAGGGGUGUACUGGGGUGCAGUGGGUCGACGCACACGCACCAAGCAGCAGCAGCAGACGGACGUUGCACAACACAGGAGCUCAUUCAUUCGCGAGGUGCUCGACGAGGUAUGUGUGCUUGCUUGCACGCGUGCGUAGUGGGGCGCAGUGCGGCGGCGCACAUGCAACAGAGGUGCACACGCGCAUGUCACUGGAUCAGCUCACUGUGCUUUCUGCUGCCGCUGCCCUUCCCUCGCCGCCCUCACCUUUCCGCUCUCCCAUUGCUGGCCUCCCUUUGCCGCCCUUCCCUUUUCGCCCUCCCCUCGCUUCCCUCCACUAACUCUGUGCCUGCAUGCUUCCCUUUUCGUGCGCGCCCCCUCUUCUGUUUGCCCCUCCUUUCCCCUCUUCCCCUUCACCUUUCUGCCCCCCUUUCCCCCGGUGCUCAUUACUGCUCCCUUUUUCCCCUCCCUUGUUCCACUUCCCCCCCCCCCCCUUCUCCCCCGCUGCUGUUCCCCUGUGUAUCCUCCAUAUCCCCUCCUCUUGUCCCACUUGCUGCUCUCCAGUCGAACCGCCGCGGAGGGCCCGGAUUCGGAGGGGGAUUUCGCCAACAGCAGCAGUGGCAGGGAGGGGGAGGGGGAGGGGGGCAGCAGGGAUGGCCGCAGGGAGGGGGAUACGGCGGAGGGGGGCAGUAUGGGGGGGGACAGUAUGGUGGGCAAGGGGGCGGGGGAGGGUAUGGAGGGUACGGGCAGCAAGGGGGAGGGGAGUAUGGAGGCGGGGGGGAAGGUUGGGGGCAGCAGGGGGGAGCAGGAGGGAUGGGGCAGGGGGGAGGGGGAGGGUACGAUUAUUAUGGGCAGGGACAGGGGGGUGUGCAGGGCGCAGGGGGGGAAUCAGGGGCGGGGAAUGGGAAUGCAGGGGGGGCGGAAGGCGGAGCGGAUGGCGGGUAUGGGUAUGGGGGGCAGGGGGGGCUGGGCGGAGGGUAUUAUAACAACCAAGGUGGUGGGGGGUAUGGGCAGCAAGGGGGAGGGGGCGAAGGGGGCGGAGCAGCAGCAGGAGGAGGGGCAGCAGCGGGAGGAGAAGGAUAUGGGCAGCAGGAGGGGGGGUAUGGGCAGCAGCAGUAUGCACAGCAGGGGGGAGGCUACUACGGGGGACAGCAACAGGGGGGCGGAUAUGACUAUUACAAUCAGCAGGGGGGGCAGCAGCAGGGGGGAGUGGAUCCGUAUGCGCAGCAGCAGGGGCAGGGGGGGUACGGUGGGGGGUAUGGGCAGCAGGGGCAAGGGGGUUAUGAGGGAGGGGGCGGUGACUAUGGUGAUGGUGGUGGUGGUGGUGGUGGUGGUGGUGGUGGUGGUGUUGGUGGUGGUGGUGGUGGUGGUGGUGGUGGUGGUGGUGGUGGUGGUGGUGGUGGUGGUGGUGGUGGUGGUGGUGGUGGUGGUGGUGGUGGUGGUGGUGGUGGUGGUGGUGGUGGUGGUGGUGGUGGUGGUGGUGGUGGUGGUGGUGGUGGUGGUGGUGGUGGUGGUGGUGGUGGUGGUGGUGGUGGUGGUGGUGGUGGUGGUGGUGGUGGUGGUGGUGGUGGUGGUGGUGGUGGUGGUGGUGGUGGUGGUGGUGGUGGUGGUGGUGGUGGUGGUGGUGGUGGUGGUGGUGGUGGUGGUGGUGGUGGUGGUGGUGGUGGUGGUGGUGGUGGUGGUGGUGGUGGUGUGUUCGAAUAUCCGAAGCGCGCCGAGGUCGUGUAUCAAAUGGCCAGUGCCAAGGAUCUCGCCUCGUGUCAUCUCAAGAACGCGAAGGUGCUCUGCGACUCCCUCCGCGGAAGCCGGCCCGGGAAAGACGGCGCUGCUAGCGCUUGCACCGUGACGGUGGAAUCGGGGCCGAUGUACAUCACGUCGAUUAAGACGCAUUGCGAUAUGGGACAACAGCUCGUUGUCGAGCCAACCAUCGACAAUGGCGAAGCGGGCAAUGGCGAAUCUGGCAACGCGACUGCUGUUGUCGAUCCGCCGGUCGCAGGCGACGCCAUCGACAACGGGACGACGGCAGGCGAAGGCGCCGGCGACGAGAACGCCGCAGACGACAACGCGUCCCAAUCCACCGCGCACAACCAGACGGGGCCGGGUGCGAAUGUAGCGAGACUGGCUGGGACUCUGUCGCACGGGCCGAUUGGAAAUGUGUCAACGGAAGACAGUUCUGUCCCGCUGCCUACAAAAGACGGCGACAAAUCCACCGGAAAGUCAUCCUCCUCUUCUCCAGGCUCUCCUGACGCCGUCCUUCUCUCGGACAGCGGCGCGGGUAACGCGGUGGUGCCGCCCCUGGCGACGACUCAGGCAUCGGGGCGCUCGAUCGUGGUGGGGAACCCGACGCCGAGCUAUAACUACCCGUUCAACCCGCAGGUUAACUACAAUAGCUGGGUCGCCAAGAGCAAGCUCUACGACGGCGACGUUAUCCGUGAGUGCAGAGGGCGGCAGUUGGGCGGGCGGGAGAGGGAGGAAGGGCAAGGCGGGAGAGGGGAAGAGGGGGUUGUUGAGGUGGUCCAGUUCGCGCGCUACGGCGACUACCGCUCGUGCAACUUCCGCGCCGCGAAGGUGGUUUGCUACGACAGCUGGGGCUCCAAGUCGGGUUGCUCAAUUAAGGUUACCCGAACAAUGGCGUACUACGCAUCUGGACUUUACGGGAACUGCAUGGCCGGGCAGAAGCUCGCCGUGAAGGCGAACGCGAAGCCGUACACGCCGCGAACUCUUGCGGUUGGUUACCCGUCGUCGCAGUUCAACUGGAACUGGAACCCGAACGGGCAGUUCGACAAGUGGCUGCAGUACAACAAGGUCUACAACGGCGAUACAGUUGGUGAGCGCACAUGUUUCUGCCUGUUCUUUUAA